UCAAAUAUAUCUUCAGGUUGUAUCCCACCACUUGUACACUCGCCAGCAGUCCUUUGCGCCACGCUGGCACUGCGAUAACACUCACCACAAUCUUGCCUCACCGCUGCGUCUCCCCCGCCAGAGCGCCGUGAUGGCAGACCUCAACAAGAGCCUGACGGCGAUGGACUGGCUGCCCCGCCUCAACGCGCGGGGCACGCUGGCGGCCGGGCUGUGGCUGGAGGGGGUCGCCGACGCCACGGAGAUGGUGCAGGCCGACUCCUCCACGCCGCCCUCACCGCCUGUCAACGGCAAGCCCCCCUACAGCUACGCCAACCUGAUCACGCUGGCCAUCAACAGCAGUGCUCGCCGGAAGAUGACGCUGGCGGAGAUCUACCAGUGGAUCAUGGACAACUUUGCCUAUUACCGACAGGCCGCUGCUGGCUGGAAGAACUCGGUGCGUCACAACCUCUCGCUCAAUAAGUGCUUCAAGAAGGUGCCGCGGACCAAGGAUGACCCGGGCAAGGGCUCGUAUUGGGCCAUUGACGCAGCGCACACGACGGAGGAGGCGCUCACCAAGAAGAAGAAGCAGACCUGUCCAAGGUUCAACCCGUACCUGACACACGCCGUGACGCUCAACCCAGCCUCGAGAGCCCCCACCUUCCCCCUGACCCACGCCAAGAUGGGCCUCGCCUCCACCACCCCCGCCACUCUGACGUCGCUCCCGGACCCGCAACUCAAGACGGGCAGCCCAUUGGUCAGCCCUUGGACCCACAACGGCCGGGGGGAUCCCUGGGGGCAGGCCACGGAGUUCUGGAGCGCCACAUCCCAGGACGGAUCCUUGUUUGAUGGGCAGACAGGGACCACCGUGCCUGUCAGCUUAGGCAUGGGCGUGAGCAUGGGCGCGGGCGAGGGGGACUGUGGGCCGCGGGACUCCUCGGUGGAUGGCAUUACCAUGAAGGACUGUGACUUUCACUUCCUCAACAAUCUCACGCCGGAGCUACUCAGGGAAUACGCCGACGAGCUCACGCCGCAGAACUACGGCGGCGCCGCCUACCUUCCGAGCCUCCUGCCCCUGUCCAUCCCCGCCUCCAUGCCCGCGUCCGCCGCCACGCCCAUCCCGGCCCCCAUGACCACCACAUACACCAGCCCCCACGCGGCCACACUCCUGCCGCUGCAAACCUCCGGGGAGACUCUGGAGACCCUGGUGUCUGACCCUUUGAUGAUCUCCAACGCCGUGCCCCCUGACGAUGUGCUGAGGUCCCCGCAGCAGGCCAGCACCCCCGGGGAACUGCCCCUGGACGGUAGUUUUAGUUUGAGCGGCCACAGUGACUGUGGUGACAGCUCAGCAUCUCUGUCCCUCUCGGCACACAGCCAGACGGUGAGCGCCGCCAGCCACGGCUCCGGCGGCACCGUCACCAUAAUGAAGAGAGAGCCAUCCGUCAGCAGCCCCCAGCCGCUGUCCGAGCCCCUGAGCCGGCUCCUGGCGCCCCUCUCCCCGCCCAUACAUGCCUGUGGGGACGCCACGGCGCCGGCCAACGAUGACUGUCUGGAGGGCAUGCUGGAGCACACGCUGGCCCAGAACAUGGAGGCCAUCCAGGUGGGGCUCAUCACAGGCUCGGGGCCGCACUCCGAUGACGAGGAGAUCACCGACGAGUUCAACUGGGACAAGUUGCUCUAGCCCCGCCAUGUCUCGUUUCGCCCCGCCAGACAAGCAGCGCAUGGCCUGUGUGCUCAGGUCUGCCACCCAGCUCGGACCUCGGCCCACCUGACGCGACCACGCAGUGAUUCUCAUGGAAACUAGUGCAACAACGCGUAGCUCCCUGCAGUGUUGUGCUGGCAGGGACAUCGCCAACAACGCAUGUGUACCAUCACAGUGCCUGUAGCCGCCACACAACUCUUCCCCCUCCCCCGCCCCCUUUAUCCAGGACAACGGUAACUUCAGCUUCAAUCAUUACACGUGUGAGCAUUGUCAUGGCUGGGGUCAUCUUCCUCCUCACGAAUAAGCAUGAGUAGUCUCAGCCCGUCAGCGACGACUCCGGGAGGGUGGCUUGGCUCAGGGGACGAGGUGCCUGGCGGAGACAAUCGUAGCGAUGUUCAAUAAGAAAUAUGUUUUUAUGAUACUUUCCAAAACAAGGAACCAUUCUCUUGUGGCAGUCACUGUGCGAAGACGUCACGCGGGCCGGAGAGCCAGCGGCCGGUGCACCUGCCCGCCCAGGACAGCCGCGCCCCGCCACCGCCAGUAUGCAAUAACGCGUCGCUCGCCUCCACACGUGUGCCUUCUCUACAACACUUGUGACAGCGUUGUUACGUACGUUAUAGCUAGUCACCAUGACCUGUAUUAAACCCUGUGUUAACGUAUCGUUUGUAGGAUACGUAUAGUGUACGGUCGCUCACAGAAGAUAACCUUGUGUUAACGUAUCAUUUGUACAUUUCGAAGAGUGCACAGUCACUCACGAAAGGAGAUACCUGCCCGAGCGAUGGGUCUGGUAGCUCACCGCCUCAGUGUUGGUAACCCUGCACCUGACGCCUGGUGACAUACACACACACACACACACACACACACACACAUUAAGAAGUAACAGCAGGAGUAGUAGUAACAGUAGGUCUGCAUUAAUCGCCCAUCGCCCCACCCUUCCCCCUCCUCCCCGGCGUCAGGUGCGCUACAGUGAGUGGCAAGACCCCUCGCCCCGGGGGUGUCUUCUGGGACGAGCUAGGGUGUGGCUGUGCAUGAGUUUUCUUCGGGUCAGCUAGGUGUGGACACAUGAUGGAAACUCCCGGUGAAGGUAAACUGUUGACCUGCUGUUGUGGAUACGCUGACUACCACAGGAAUUUUUAAACAUUGUAUUAGUACUCGUUAAGAUAUGUGGCUAGUUUGGCUUUUACUUCCAUUUUUGGAACGGCGUUUAUUAAAAGCGUUGGGUUUUCACAUCGUUCAGUCGACUUUAUACAAACUCGGUCGUAAAAAGUAACUGUUAAAAACAACAACAAAACCAACUAACCACGCCCUGAAAAACGGGCCAGAAAAGACAACUCGGCCACAGUAUUGUUGAUGGAGAUUAACACUACGUUGAAAAAAUCAGUCGUACCACUUGAUCAGUCGUACCACUUGUGUGCAAUUAGUGGCGUCAGAAGGGGAGGAAGGGAGGGAACAGGGGCAGGGACGGGGCCUUGGGGGUCACUCUCUCGCUCGCUCUUGUUUUCAUGGGGAAGUGUGGGUUGUUCUCGUCCCAGUAGGGCUCGUUGUGUCCGUGGGGGGAGGGGAGGGCCA